AUGCGCCGCGGCUUUACGCAUGGCGUGAGAAUUCACUUCACUGCGGUGCUUCUCACCGCGACGCGAUGCGCCACCUGUCGCCUCUGCGACGUGGAGUAUGACUCGUGGGGGAAGCACGCCGCUGGUGCUUCACACAUUGCCAGAAACGCCAUUUGCCGAACUUAUGUUGACCCUGAGCGACACAAUGCAAUGAUGCAGCAGCUAUGGAAACACAUCCGUCUGGACUUUGAGUACAUUGACGGGGUGACACACAAAAAGGAGGAUCGUCGCCGGGGCAGGCUUGCGUCCACGAUAUCUCAUUUGCAGGAGCGGGGGGUUUUGUGCCACUCCAUCCCACGGCUCUCCGUGGAUGAAAGCGGGGGGCGAUCUGUGGUUGUCACACGGGAUGCCUUUGUGAACUUUAUGUUGGUGGGCGACAGCUACGCCAAGCAAGAGACCGUGGAUCGCGUCGCACGGCUUAUGCCACGGUUGGAGGCAGUGGAGCUGAGUAGCGUUGUGCAGUACAUUCUGUCGAAGCGGCGCCUCUCCCGGCUCUUUGACGAGCUUGACAUGAAGCAGGUGCUUUUUCGCGACACCGCGGCCGAUGGUGGCGUCCCAACACACGGUGAGGAGGGAACGCACGGGAAGGGUGACUCCGCAAGGGAGGGUGGCGGUGCCACGGAGCAGCCGCUGCGGCUACGUCAAGAAGAAAAGGCUGUUAUUCUCCUCAGCUGCCUGGGGGAGUUGCAGAUGUAUUCACGGCAGGAUCGAUCACACAGCGUUGCUACACGAGCGGCCGCAGAACAACUUGUGCUGAAUGUGCUCGGUACGCAUGUGAUGGAGAACAUUAUCGCUGAGUUGGUGCACGCUGUGCUGCAGGCUGUGGUGGAGGAGGGAACGCCCGUGUGGCGGGAGUACUGCGGCGAGUUGACCAACAAAGUUUUUGAGGGCACUAGGGCGACACCGCCACCGCUUGCUUCGUCUUCAACACCAGCGGCGGAGGCGUCGACCUUCAGUGAAAGCUGCAAGAGUGAACUUCUCGAUCUAUACUCCCUUGGGGCUGAGGCCGAUGCUGCGCCCUUUUUACCGGCCGCAGGGCGGCGCUCAUGGCACGAUUUGGCGCGCACCUUGGCCCUGGAGCUGACGGUGCCCAACCCAGUCAACAAGAGUGCCCAGUUUGCCUCAGCGGCGCCACGGCUGUCGUCGAAGAAGAAGACGUCGGCCUGA